AUGAGGGACAUUAAUUCUUCGAUCAAGCUGAAUAUCUCAACAAUGCCGCCACAUCGACAGGAUCAACAUGGAGCGACAGUUGGGGACAUUAUCCAAGCAGUGUUUUUAGCCUUUGUUAUCCUUGUGGGAGUUACAGCCAACUCGCUUGUCUGCUUGAUCAUCUACAAGCGUAGAAGCCUUCGCACUGUCCUUUACAGCUUUCUUGUAAGUCUCUCCGUUUCUGAUCUCCUUCACGCUGCUCUUAAGAUGCCAACCACACUUUUAUCAACGCUUCAUGUUCGUUGGUACCCUCACACGUCUUUCUGCUACAUCACAACUCCGUUUGGCGUCCUUUUCGGUGCCGCGACCGUCUUUAACUUGUGCGCGGUAGCGCUUAACCAAUAUUUCAUCAUCGUAAAACCAUUACACUACCCCAUGGUAAUGACCGCUAGACAUGCUGGUCACGUCAUCGCGGGCCUUUGGGCAGGCAGCUUUGCAAUAUCAUUACCACCAAUAUUUUGGCGUACAGCGGACACCAUCUGCAAGAGUGGGGCUGUAUCCAGAUAUAACUACCUCUCUGAAGUGCUGUAUUUUUCUUCCCUGUGGACAUUUGUCGUUCUCAUACCAUCCGUCGUCAUGGCAACAAGCUACACCAAGAUCUUCCUAGUAGCGCGCCGACAGAUAUUUAAAAUGAGAGAAGACACUGAUUUGAAGCGCCAAUUAAAGGCCGCGCGAAUACGCAGAAAGGAAUUUCGCGCAGCAGGGCUACUUGCUUUAGUUGGUGGUGUAUUCAUAUUAUGUUGGCUUCCUUUUUUCAUCGUUCAGACACUACACAAGUUUUCUAACGCGAAGAUCGCGCCUUUUUAUUUUCGGCUGUUCCUUUGCGUUAUGUACUCUAAAUCAGCUAUUAACCCCCUAUUGUACACAGCACUGAACAAAGAACUUCGAAAGUCUUUAUUACAGUUUUUAUGCCCCAAUAGAAACCGCUCUUUCAACGACGACAGCGUUCGGAUGACAAACUACCAAAAUGGCCCGAGAAGUGGCGAGAGUUCUUUGUAA